AUGGGUAUGGUGGAGGAUGCGCUGGCAAGUUUUGCCCGGGCUGAAGAGAGCGCGAUGCGCCUGGGGGACAUGGAGAACGCCGCACAGUACAGUGCUGCUAUUGGUCUGCUACUGCUGUCGGAGCAGAGGUACUCGGAAGCAUUGGCUGCGUAUGACAGGGCCAUCAGCCAGUGGCCGGGUUCUGCAGAUUUUUGGACCGCUCGGGGGGAGGCGCUUUGUGAGCUCGGGCGCUUCGACGACGCUUUGGCGAGCCAGCGCAAGGCUUUGGAGCUCUGCGCUGAGACGGAUCCCGGGCUCCUGUAUAAUCUGGCCUUGACCUACGCGGGCAUGGGCGAUGUCGAGGGCUGCGGCGAUGCUUUGCAGAAAGCCCUGGACGCGGAUCGGAUGCAGGUCUUGGCCAUCUCCCAGAACUUCGCUGGCGGUGGUGAGCUCUUCGCACAGCGUCGGCAGGCCGAGCUAGCGUUCUACAGAUUCUACUUCGCGUUUUAG